AUGUCAAUUUUUGAAUCAAUUUGUAAGUUAAGAAAAAUAAACACUAAAAAUCAAUCUAAUUCAAUAAUAUCAAAAUCACAAAUGAAUGAAAUUUUAUUUGAAGGAAAUAAAAAAUCAAACAAUGGAAGAAUAGAAGUUGUAACAUGGGGUAGAGGAAAUGUUGAUUAUGGUAGUGUUUAUCGUGAUUGA